UCGCAACAAGCACGCACCCACACACUGCCACUGUGACCUUGGCGCCACGUCCUGACAUCCUUCACCCCCUCUCCCUCUCGAUGGGGAGGGCCGCUCCCCACUAGAAUGGAACCCACCUCCAUCCUGGAAGAGUUCCUGAUCAAGCGCUCUCAGCAGAAACGCAGAACCUCGCCCUCCAACUACAAGGAGCGAUACUUCAUCCUGACCAGAUCCCGGCUCGCCUACUAUGAGUGCCGCACUGGGAAGAAGUCCGUGAUGAAGGGAUUCGUCGAUAUCUCCAAGAUCAAGUGCGUGGAGAUCGUGCUGACUGACAUGAGUCUCCCCUGCAGCUACAAGUAUCCAUUCCAGGUUUUCCAUGAGAAUUAUUAUCUGUACGUGUUUGCACCGAGCAAGGAGAGUCGUCAGAAAUGGGUCACAGCCCUGAAAGAAGAAUCAAAGAACAACAACAUCUUGACCAACAAAUACCAUCCCAACUUCUGGGCCGAAGGACACUGGCUCUGCUGUGCUCAACUCGACAAGAUGGCCAUGGGCUGUCAACUCUACGAUCCAAACCGUGACUCCAAGAAGCCUCUUCCUCCCACUCCUGUCUUGAGCAAGAGCAAACCCCUGCCGCCUGAGCCGAUGGAGACGGGGGUGGGCUCAGGGACUGUGGUGGUGGCGUGGUACGACUUUCACAGUCAGAACACGCAAGACCUGUCGCUGGUGAGGAGUGAGGAGUAUGUCAUCAUGGACAAGAGCGAUGCAAACUGGUGGCGAGUUUGUGAUAAAAACGGGCGGACGGGGUACGUGCCCAGCAGUUACUUGGUGGAGAAGCGACCCGACAACCUGCAGGCCUAUGAGUGGUACAACAAGAACAUCAGCCGCAACAAGGCCGAACGGCUGCUGGAGAACGAGGAUAAACAAGGAGCGUUCAUGGUGAGGGACUCGAGACAGGCUGGGAUGUACACUGUCUCCGUGUUCACCAAGGCCAGCAGUGAGUGCAGUGCCGGAGUCAAGCACUACCACAUCAAGGAAAUCAUGGACACCCACAAACGCUAUUACCUGGCCGAGAAACACAUCUUCGACACCAUUCCAGAGCUCAUCACCUACCACCAGCACAACGCAGCAGGUCUGGUCACACGCUUGAGGUACCCUGUGUCUUCCUGGAGAGAAACAGCCCCGUCCACAGCAGGAUUUAGUUAUGGGGCCUGGGAGAUCUCGGCCACUGCCCUGACUUUCAUGGAGGAGGUGGGUUGUGGUCAGUUUGGAGUGGUGCACAUGGGCUACUGGAGGAACCAACACAAAGUGGCCAUCAAGACGAUCCGUGAGGGAGCCAUGUCCGAGGAGGACUUCAUCGAGGAAGCUCAGAUCAUGAUGAAGCUGUCUCACGAGAAGCUGGUGCAGUUGUAUGGCGUGUGCAACCAGGACAGCUCCAUCUUCCUGGUCUUCGAGUACAUGGAGCAUGGCUGCCUGUCGGAGUACCUGAGAAACAACCGUGGGUCAUUUGGCCGACACACGCUGUUGGGGAUGUGCCAGGACGUGUGUGAAGGCAUGGAGUAUCUGGAACACAACCAGUUCAUUCACCGGGACCUGGCAGCACGGAACUGUCUCGUUGGAGAUUCGCUCAUCAUCAAAGUAUCUGAUUUUGGAAUGACAAGGUUUGUCCUCGACGACCAGUACACCAGCUCCUCCGGCUCCAAAUUCCCCGUCAAGUGGUCAGCUCCUGAAGUUUUCCGGUAUUCCAAGUUCAGCAGCAAGUCCGAUAUCUGGUCAUUUGGGGUGCUGAUGUGGGAGGUAUUCACCGAGGGGAAGAUGCCAUACGAUAAUUGCUCCAACGCUGAGCUGGUGGAGGAAAUCGCGGCUGGAUUUCGCCUUCACAAGCCGAAGCUGGCCUCCUGCUCUAUCUACAACAUGAUGACCUGCUGCUGGUUCGAGAGACCUGAAGAGCGGCCAUCGUUCUAUGAACUGCUGAAUGAGAUAAGGGAGCUCUCUGAACAUGAGGACCUGUAAGCGGACAGUGGAGAUGGCCUGCCCGCAGAACGGACAGCGCAGUUUGGCUACAGGAGCACUCUGAAUUCUGGGCAACAGUUACUAAAUAUUUAUUUAUUAUGUAUUAAAAUAAUUUUGACUUGGGGAAUGCUCUCCUGUGGAGGUAGGACCCUCUGGAGAUUUUGGACAUAAUAUCGGUGACGGCGAUUGGUACUCUUGGUAGGUAUCCCAUUUGUCACUGAGCCUGACUGGUACUGAGGCCAAUUGCAGACCCAGAGUGUCCACCAGAGCUGAGCAUCAGGGAUAAGACCAUAAGACAUAGAAGCAGAAUGAGGCCAUUCGGCCCACUGAGUCUGCUCUACUGUUCCAUCAUGGCUGAUUUAUUAUCCCUCUCUACACUAUUCUCCUGCCUUCUCCCUGUAACCUUUGUUGCCCUGACUAAUCAAGAACAUAUCAACCCCCACGUUAAAUAUACCCAAUGAGUUGUCUGUGGUAAUGAAUUCCAGAUUCACCACCCUCUGGCUAAAGAAAUUCUGCCUCAUCUUUGUUCCAAUGGAUAUCCUUCUAUUCUAAGGCCGGGCCCUCUGGCCCAUUACAGGAAACAUUCUCUUCAUAUCCACUCUGUCAAGCCUUUCAAUAUUUGGUAGGUUUCAACAAGAUUCCCCCUAAUUUUUCUAAACUCCAAUGAAUACAGGGCCAGAGACAUCAAACGCUCCUCAUAUAUUAACCCUUUCAUUCCCAGAAUCAUUCUCAUGAACCUCCUCUGGACCCUUUCCAUAUUCUUAGAUAAAGGGCCCAAAAUUGCUCCACAAUACUCCAAAAGCAAGCAAGUGGACACACUCUGAAUCAAUUGACAGCCAGACAGAGCAGAAAUGAUUGCCGACCGUUUCCAUCCGAGCGUCUACAUUCCCCCCUCCGACUGUAGCGACGACAUGUUCACACUUUGAAUAAUAAAAAUGCCAGUAGACAGAAGCUCGCCUUCGUCGGUCCAGGCAUUGAGUAUGUGUCCAAUUCUGGGUGGCCCACCACAGGAAGGAUGUUGGCUAGAUUUUUGCAAUGCAGGGGAGUUAAGUGUCAGGGGAAAAGGCAGGUAGGUGGAGACGAGUUCAUGGCCAGAUCAGCCAUGAUUUUGUUGAAUGGUGGAACAGGCUCGACAGGCCAGAUGGCUGACUCCUGCUCCUAUUUCUUAUGUUCUUAUGUUGAGGAUUUGGGGAGGGUGCAGUAGAGGUUUACCUGGCUGCUGCCUGGGUUAGAGGGCAUGUGCUAUACCAAGUUAUUUUCUCUGGAGCAGCGGAGAUUGAGGGGACAUUUGACAGAGGUUUAUAAGAUUGAGAGGCAUAGAUAGAGUAGACAGGCAGUAUCUUUUUCCCAGGGUAGAAAUGUCUAAUACCAGAGGGCAUGUUAUUAAGAUGAGAGGGAGUAAUUUCACAGGAGAUAUGAGAGGCAAGUUUUUUUUUACACAGAUAAUGUGUAGGCAGAAGAGAUUUAGUCUAAUUUGGCAUUGUGUAUAGUACAGCGAUUGUGGGCUGAAGGGCCUUUCUGUUCUGUUCUGUGUACCCAGAGAUGAACCAUACAGUGAACACCCAUCAUUACUGGAAUGAACAAAGUCUAACUGAGACUUUUUUAAACUAGACUAUUUUUCAAAUGUCCAUCACAUCUUGAGGAGGAACAUCUUCACUCAGAGGGUGGUGAGAGUGUGGAAUGGGCUGCCAGUGGAAGUGGUAGAUGCAGGCUCGAUUUCAACAUUUAAGAGAAGUUUGGAUAGGUACAUGGACGGGAGGGGUUUGGACGGCUAUGGUCCAGGAUUGGGUCGAUGGGACAAGGCAGGAUAAGAGUUUGGCACAAAUCAGCUGCUGCGGGGAGAUCAGACAACGCUGACAGGAUUCAGUGAGCUGGGUGACGCUAAGCAGCUCUGCAAUAAAUCCAGAGAUAACUCCAGUCUGACCAGCAGCUCAAGGACACACAGCGACAGGGCAACAAUGAUCAAAGCUUGAAAUCUCCCAGCAGUAUCCAGGGAAAGCGAAAUCCCAAAGCAAGGUUAAAAUUUACAAUUCUGCAGCACAACAGGACUCCAAGACCAUAGGAGCAGAAUUAGUCCAUUCAGCCCAUCGAGUCUGGUCCACCAUUCUAUCAUGGGUGAUUUAUUAUCCCACUCAACCUCAUUCUCUUUCUUCUCUCCGUGACCUUUGAUACCCUGACUAAUUAAGAACCUAUCACCUCCAGUUUAAAUAUACCCAAUGACUUGGCCACCACAGCUGUCUGUAGCAAUGAAUUCCACAGAUUCACCACCCUCUGGCUAAAGAAAUUCCUGCUCACCUCCGGCCUUGACUCCCCCACUGUAGGAAACAUCCUCUUCACACCCACUCCAUCCAGACCCUUCAAUAUCAGUCGGUUUCACUGAAAUCCUCCUCAUUCAUCUAGACUCCAGUGUGUACAGGCCCAGAGCCAUCAAAUGCUCUUCACACAUUAACCCUUUCAUUCUCAGUAUAAUUCUCGUGGACCACCUGUGGACCCUCUCCAAUGCCAGCACACCUUUUCUCAGAUAAGGAGCCCAAAAUUACUGUUCAAUGUUCUCCAGGCUGUAUGGGGAUGGGAGAGGGCAGAAGGGCCCGUACUGUUCUAUGGGGACGCAUUCAGGUGUGUGGGGGGGAGGUGGUUAACAAAUCAGAUCACACAGGGAAACCUCGGAGAAAGUGCAGUUCACAUCCAGCAGUGGAUUGACCAGGCUGAUGGAGAAAUUGAUCAAAUCAGUGGACAGGUGGGUGAAAAAUUCGCUGCUGAUGCAGUGUGGGAACCGAACACGCCGAGUGAAGUCAGUUAAACAAGGGCAAACCCAUCAACCCAAGAGAUUCUUCCGAUGCUGGAAAUCCAGAGCAACACACACAAAACCCUGGAGGAACUCAGCAGGUCAGGCAGCAUCUAUGGAAAUGAAUAAACAGUCGAUGUUUUGGGGGGGAGCUGGUGGGUGACAGGUG